ACACUUUCUCGCUCUUCCUCAGCCGUCAUCCACAAGCUCACAUACAAUCAAAUAUAUAUGUAUGUAUAUACACUAUAGUCCAGAGCCUAGAGUUUUAUAUACAUGUAGUACAGUGAGUAAGAUGGCGGAUGAUGAGUUUGUCGCGAUUUCAGAUCAAGAAAAAGUUAGAAUAGUAUCUGAUUUUAUUUUACAUUCGCCACCAGGUGAAUUUAAUGAAGUUUUUAACGAUGUAAGAGUAUUAUUGAAUAACGAUAAUUUAUUAAAAGAGGGUGCAUCUGGGGCAUUUGCUCAAUACAAUAAGGACCAGCUUACGCCUGUUAAGAUCGAGGGAAGUGAUUACCCAGCGCUCAUUACGGAGUACAAUGAUUUGGGUAACCAGAGGUUUUAUGACGGGCGCAGUAAACUCAGUUUUAAGUAUGACCACCUACGAAAAGAGGCUACUGAUUACGAGCAGUAUGAACCGGAUGUCAAUGUCGAGGCUUGGAGAUCUGUGCUGCAAGAGGAAAUAAUGAAUUACACUCAGAGUCAUUAUAGACACGGAGUUUGUUCGGUCUUUGGUAAAAGUCAAGGAGGAAACAUAACGUUGACUGCAUGCAUAGAAGAUCACCAGUUCCAGCCUAAAAAUUUCUGGAACGGGCGUUGGCGUUCUGUUUGGAGUGUUAAUUUUAGUACAAGUUCCGGUUCCGCCGAAUUACGGGGUAGUCUUAAGGUGCAAGUUCACUAUUACGAAGACGGUAACGUACAAUUAGUGAGCAGUAAAGAAGUUAAAGAAAGUCUCCCGAUAUCAAAUGAGAAACAAACGGCCAAGGAAUUGAUUCGGUUGGUGGAGGAGUCGGAGAAUGAUUACCAAACGGCGAUAUCUGAAAAUUAUCAGACAAUGUCCGACACAACAUUCAAGGCUCUGCGGAGGCAACUGCCUGUUAUGCGAACUAAAAUUGACUGGAAUAAAAUUGUCUCGUACAGUAUUGGCAAAGAGCUUAAGAGUCAAUAGAAAUAGAUUUUUUUAUAUAAUUCAUAAGAGAAUUAAUUAUUAACAAACAACUAAAAUUUAAUAAUUAAUUAAUAGAUAAUAAUUAUAUGAUAAUUAAUGUUAAUAUUAAAAUUAAAGUAAUUGAAUUGGUAAAUAAUAAAUAUAUAUAUAAAAACAACAACAAAAAAUUAAUGCAUUUUGCAGCGAAUAGUCUGGAGGUGUGAUGUGCAAGGAAGCAGAUGUAAAUCCGUUGAUAAUAUUAAUUAUCACGAGUAAUUAAUAAAACAAAUGCAUUUAAUUAUUAUUAUUAUUUUUUUUGUCAGUACCACUUUAAUUAUAUAAAUAUUAUAAAUAAGCAUUUAUUGUUAAAUUUAUAAACAAUAAUGCAGAUUAAUUAUAAAUUAUAAAUGAAUUUAAUAGACAAAAUGCAAUUAUAAUAAAUAAAGUUAUUUAAAAUUGCACAAUUA